AUUUUGUAAAUUCUAUUUUUGCUUUAGUUUCGGUUUCGGAAGUGCAGCAUUAGCACGAGCCGCUCGAACGUCUGUAGUUCACUGAAUUAUUACAACAAAUACAAUUUAGUAGUAGUUAUAAACCGUAGUAUUUAUGGGGAAAAAUAAGGGCGGUGGUGGCGGAGGUGGAAACAGUGGAGGCGGCGGUGGUAGUGGCGGUGGUGGUGGUGGCGGCGGCGGCGGAAAUAAAAAAGGAGGAGCUCCUGCUGACAAAGGUGGAAGCAAGAAUAAAGGCGGUGGAGGAAGUGAUAAGGGCGGCGGUAAAAAAGGUCAAGAGCAGAAAGCCGGUGGAGCUGGUGGAGGAGGUGGCAAAAAAGGGGGCAAGAAAUAGCAGUUUUCGACCCGGGAACCCUAUAUAUUAUUUGUUAUAUUGAAAUCAUCUCACACCUCAAAAACUCAAAAACUUUUACAUCAACUUAUGGCUAAACUGCAGUCAAAACUCUUGCCAUGAUUUUCAUAAAUUUUCUUUUAUAUUUCCUAAUGUGGUAUAUAAACAAAAUGUGCAAUGUUUAUGAAGAAAUUGAGUUUGAUUGUACAUAUGUACAUGUGUAUGUACGUAAAACAUUCAUAAAAAUGAUAACUUACAAGUAAUAAAAUAUACUAUUUCAUAGCGAUAUUGAUUUUCAAACAUACUAUAAGUAUUUUGACUAAAUAUAGGUUAAACUUAUAUGUACAUGUA